AUGGCAGCGCCCAGGACUCCUCUGAUCCCAGCAUGCACCGGGGGAGGGGAAAGUUCAGCCAUACGGACCGUCGGGAAGAUGGCGUCCUGUGGGGCGGAGCUGCAGGUCCUAGUACAGUAUUUGGUGUUACGAAAAGAUUUAUCGAAGGCUCCUUUCUCCUGGCCCGCGGGCGCGUUGGUAGCGCAAGCUUGUCACGCUGCUACCGCAGCCUUACACCUUCACCGCGACCACCCUCACACCGCCGCCUACCUCCAGGAGCUGGGGCGCAUGCGCAAGGUGGUCUUGGAGGCCCCGGAUGAGACCACCUUGAAGGAAUUGGCCGAGACCCUGCAACAAAAGAACAUUGACCACAUGCUGUGGUUUGAACAACCAGAGAAUGUCGCCACUUGCCUAGCACUUCGGCCAUAUCCCAAGGAAGAAGUGAGCCAGUAUUUGAAGAAGUUCCGGUUGUUCAGAUGAUCGCUGCUUCCCUAUAUGUGAAUGUCAGCGGAGUCCAAAAGUGGAAUGCCAUCAUUGCUUUUCCCUUUCAAUUAUGACUGUCCCUUGAGACUCAAAACACAUGUUCAAAUUAAAAUCAUCAUGAAGAACUUCCUAUUAUUAUUACUACUGUUGAGUUCAAGUUAGGUAAGCAGCAGUAUUACCUAAAGGUGAUUGCCUGAAGUGGGGAGACCAGGUCUGGCCAGUGCCAUCUUGGCUAUAUGGUAGAUG